AUGGCGAACAAAACUCAAUGUUUUACAUGCAAGAAAGAAAAAAUAACAUAUCCUUGUGAAGGAUGUUCACAAAGAUUUUGUUUAAUACAUUUACCAGAACACCAGCAAGGGUUAACUGAAGAAUUAAAUUGUAUUAUUGAUGAUUAUAAUGAAUUUACAGAAAGAAUUAAUGGAGAAAAACAAAAUCUACACAACCAUUCAUUAAUAGAACAAAUUAAUCAAUGGGAAAGAAAUUCAAUUGAACAAAUUCAACAAAAAGCACAAGAAUGUAGAGAAACUGUCAUUGAAUCAUCGCGAUUAUUUAUUAAUGAUAUUGAAAAUAAGUUUAAUGACUUAAAUAAACAAAUACAAGAACUUCAUACAGAAAAUGACUUUAAUGAAAUUAACUUAAAUUAUUUAAGAAAUCAAUUGGGAAAAGUUACAGAAGAAUUGAAUGAUCCAUCAAAGAUCUCUAUUCAAAAAUAUUCACAAGCAUGUAUGAAUGAAAUUUCAUUUAUUUUAUCAAGAAGAUCAAAAUGGGGUAAAUGGAAACAAAAUGCCAUCACUGUGGCCGGUGGAAAUGAAGAAGGAGAAGAAUUAGAUCAACUCGAUAGCCCUCAUGGAAUCUUUAUUGAUAAAAACAAAACUAUUUUCAUUGCUGAUUGUGGAAACGAUCGUAUUGUUGAAUGGAAAUAUAAUGCAGAGGAAGGACAAAUUAUUGCAGGUGGGAAUGACGAAGGAGAUCGAAUAGAUCAAUUGAAUGGACCAAUAGAUGUGAUUGUUGAUCAAGAAAACCAUUCGAUUAUCAUUGCUGAUCAAGGGAACAGACGAGUGGUUCAAUGGUUGAAUCAAAAGCAACAAAUUCUCAUUAAUAAUAUUGACUGUUCUCGUUUGGUAAUGGAUAAAUAUGGAUUUCUUUAUGUUUCUGAUUAUAUGAAGGAUGAAGUGAAACGAUGGAAAAUGGGAGAAUAUAACAAUGAAGGAAUUGUAGUAGCAGGUGGAAAUGGUGAAGGAUAUCAACUCAAUCAACUUAAUUGUCCUACUGUUAUCUUUGUUGAUGAAGAUCAAUCUGUUUAUGUAUCAGAUUGGGAAAGUCAUCGUGUGAUGAAAUGGAGAAAAGGUGCAAAAGAAGGAAGAAUUGUGGCUGGAGGAAAUGGUAAAGGAGGAAAUCUCAAUCAAUUAUCUUCACCUGAAGGAAUAUAUGUUGGUGAUUUGGGUGAAAUCUAUUUGGCAGACAGUGGAAAUCAUCGAGUAAUGCGUUGGUGUGAAGGAAAAGAAGAAGGUGAAGUUGUUGUUGGUGGAAAUGGUGAAGGAGAUCAACCAGAUCAAUUCAGUGGUCCCAGUAGUUUAUCAUUUAAUGAACAAGGAAGUCUUUAUGUUACUGAUGAUGGAAAUGCUCGAAUUCAAAAAUUUGAAAUAAUUUUGUGA